GCCCCGGAGGCCGCUUCCUCCCUGAGCGCGGCGGGGCGGCGCGGGGGCGCAGGAGGAGGAAGAGGCGGGGAAGAGGAGGGGAGUCGCCGCUUCCCAAACACUCUCCGGGGGGCUGUGCGCGACGCCCGCCGCCAGGAGUCCGAACCCGGUGCCCGCGACCCCUUCCCUCCGCGCCCGCAGCCCGGGAACAAAGUUGCCGAGAGCCAGCGGGCCGAGCGCGCAGCCGGGGGCGCUCUGGCCGCUCCGCGCGUGCAGAUGGGGGGCGGCGGCGGAGCGCACGGCGGCGGCGGGGCGGCCCGAGGGGAUGCAGCAGCCGUCGGGGGGCUCGGCCAAGCGCAGUAGACGGAGCCGCGGCGCGGCGGCGGGGACGGCGGCCGAGGCGACCCGGCUUCGCAGUGCCCUGACCUGAGCCGGUCAUCGGACGGCGGCCGCGGCGCCCCCGAGUGCUUCCCGGAGCCCCCGAGAGGAGGGGGCGGCCCUGCGCGCGGAGGAGCGCGAGGCCCGUGCGCCCCAGCCAACCCCUCCCCGCCGCUCGAACUCCCUAAAAAUAACUCAGGCCGGCGGGGGGCGGGAGGAGCCGCCGCCGUCCCCGAGAGGAGCCGGGGAGGCGUGUCGAGCCCGGGCCCGUGGGGAGCCUUCCCGGCCGCGCGGCGCGGGGGAGGCGGAGGAAGCGGGAGCUCCCGGCAGCCGGGCGCCGCGGGGACCCUCGGGCCUCGCGCGCCCCCCGCCCCGCCGCCGCCGCGGUUUGGCUGGUUGGCCCGAGGCGGGCGGAGCGCGCAGGGCGGAGGCGGCGGCGGCGGCGGCGGCGGCGCUGGGCCGGGAGGCGGCGGCCGAGGGCGCGGAGCGGCCCCGGCCCGGGCUGCGGGGGGAGAUGGCGUCCUACGUGGAUAACAGCUUCCGCCAGGCGGUGAUGAAGAACCCGGCCGAGAGGACCCCCCAGGAUCUGGAAAUCGUGUACUCCUAUUUACAUGGUAUGGAAGCCUUAUCCAACCUGAGGGAGCACCAGCUUAGGUUAAUGUGUGAAACUGUGAGAUAUGAAAGACAUGAAGCCAAUGAAGUUUUAUACUAUCCUGAUGAUAUUGGGACCUGCUGGUACAUCCUCCUCUCUGGUUCCGUGUUCAUCAAGGAAUCCAUGUUUCUGCCACGAAGCAGUUUUGGCAAGCGUUCUGCAGGAAGCUUUAGGCGUGGCUGUGAAUGCAUUGUGUUAGAGCCUUCUGAAAUGAUUGUGGUAGACUAUAUGGAUGAAAAUGAAGAAUAUUUUCAGCGUCAAGCUUCUCAUCGACAGUCUCGAAGGAGAUUUAGAAAAAUCAACCAGAAAGGGGAAAGACAAACGAUUAUCGACACUGUGGAUCCUUAUCCUGUGGGCAAACCACCUUUGCCUAGAGGCUAUCAUACGAUGUACUGUAGCAUGUCUGAUAAUGUCAUCUUCUCCUUUCCUCCUCUAUGGCACUCAUUUCAUUUUGGCUCAAAGGAAUGCACUAAAUCUCAGCUUCCUGCAGAUUUCACAAAGCUACACCUCACCGACAGUCUCCACCCACAGGUGACUCACGUCUCCUCCAGCCACUCAGGAUGUAGCAUCACCAGUGAUUCUGGAAGCAGCAGUCUUUCUGAUAUCUACCAGGCCACAGAAAGUGAGGCUGGUGAGAUGGACCUGAGUGGGUUACCGGAGACAGCAGUGGACUCUGAAGAUGAUGAUGACGAAGAGGACAUCGAGAGAGCCUCGGACCCUCUGAUGAGCAGGGACAUCGUGCGAGACUGCCUGGAGAAAGACCCCAUCGACAGGACAGACGAUGACAUCGAACAACUCCUUGAAUUCAUGCACCAGCUGCCGGCUUUUGCCAACAUGACGAUGUCGGUGAGGCGGGAGCUCUGUGCUGUGAUGGUGUUUGCAGUGGUGGAAAGAGCCGGGACCAUCGUGUUAAACAACGGUGAAGAGCUGGACUCCUGGUCAGUGAUUCUGAAUGGUUCUGUGGAAGUGACUUACCCAGAUGGAAAAGCAGAAAUACUAUGUAUGGGAAAUAGUUUUGGUGUCUCUCCUACUAUGGACAAGGAAUACAUGAAAGGAGUGAUGAGGACAAAAGUGGAUGACUGCCAGUUUGUCUGCAUAGCCCAGCAAGAUUACUGCCGUAUCCUCAACCAAGUAGAAAAGAACAUGCAAAAAGUUGAAGAGGAAGGAGAGAUCGUCAUGGUGAAGGAACACCGAGAGCUCGAUCGAACGGGAACAAGGAAGGGGCACAUCGUCAUCAAGGGCACCUCAGAAAGAUUAACGAUGCAUUUGGUGGAAGAGCAUUCGGUGGUGGAUCCGACGUUUAUAGAGGACUUCCUGUUGACCUAUAGGACUUUCCUCUGCAGCCCGAUGGAAGUGGGCAAAAAGUUGUUGGAGUGGUUUAAUGACCCGAGCCUCAGGGAUAAGGUUACACGGGUAGUACUAUUGUGGGUGAAUAAUCACUUCAACGACUUCGAAGGGGAUCCUGCGAUGACUCGAUUUCUGGAAGAAUUUGAAAAUAAUCUGGAAAGAGAGAGAAUGGGUGGACAUCUAAGGCUGCUAAACAUUGCUUGUGCCGCUAAGGCGAAAAGAAGGUCGACGACACUCACAAAGCCAUCCCGAGACGCCCCCUUGCCUUUCGUCCUGCUUGGAGGCUCAGAGAAAGGAUUUGGCAUCUUUGUUGACAGUGUGGAUUCAGGCAGCAAAGCAACCGAGGCAGGCUUGAAACGAGGGGACCAGAUAUUAGAAGUAAAUGGUCAAAACUUUGAAAACAUUCAGCUGUCAAAAGCCAUGGAAAUUCUUAGAAAUAACACACACUUAUCUAUCACUGUGAAAACCAAUUUAUUUGUAUUUAAAGAACUUCUAACAAGAUUGUCAGAAGAGAAGAGAAAUGGUGCCCCUCACCUCCCUAAAAUUGGAGACAUCAAAAAGGCCAGUCGCUACUCCAUUCCAGAUCUCGCUGUAGACGUAGAACAGGUGAUAGGACUUGAAAAAGUAAAUAAGAAAAGUAAAGCCAACACUGUUGGGGGAAGGAACAAGCUAAAAAAGAUACUGGACAAGACUCGGAUUAGUAUCUUGCCACAAAAACCAUAUAAUGACAUCGGGAUCGGUCAGUCUCAGGAUGACAGCAUAGUCGGAUUAAGGCAGACCAAGCACAUCCCGACCGCGCUGCCCGUCAGUGGAACGUUAUCGUCCAGUAACCCUGAUUUACUGCAGUCCCAUCAUCGCAUCUUAGACUUCAGUGCUACUCCUGACUUGCCAGAUCAAGUGCUAAGGGUUUUCAAGGCUGACCAGCAAAGCAGAUACAUCAUGAUCAGUAAGGACACCACGGCGAAGGAGGUGGUCAUUCAGGCCAUCCGGGAGUUUGCUGUGACCACCACCCCGGAUCAGUACUCACUCUGUGAGGUCUCUGUCACACCAGAGGGAGUGAUCAAACAACGACGACUUCCGGAUCAGCUUUCCAAACUCGCCGACAGAAUACAGCUGAGUGGAAGGUAUUACUUGAAAAACAACAUGGAGACAGAGACCCUUUGUUCGGAUGAAGAUGCUCAGGAGCUGCUGAGAGAGAGUCAGAUCUCCCUGCUGCAGCUCAGCACCGUAGAGGUGGCCACGCAGCUCUCCAUGCGGAACUUUGAGCUCUUCCGCAACAUCGAACCCACUGAGUAUAUCGAUGAUUUAUUUAAGCUCAGAUCGAAAACCAGCUGUGCCAACCUGAAGAAAUUCGAGGAGGUCAUUAACCAGGAGACGUUCUGGGUAGCCUCUGAGAUUCUGCGGGAGACGAACCAGCUGAAGAGGAUGAAGACCAUUAAGCAUUUCAUCAAGAUCGCUCUGCACUGCAGGGAGUGCAAGAAUUUUAACUCCAUGUUUGCCAUCAUCAGCGGCCUAAACCUGGCACCGGUGGCAAGACUGCGAACCACCUGGGAAAAACUUCCCAAUAAAUACGAAAAGCUGUUUCAGGAUCUCCAAGACCUGUUUGAUCCUUCCAGAAACAUGGCAAAAUACCGCAAUGUCCUCAACAGUCAAAACCUACAGCCUCCCAUCAUCCCCCUGUUCCCAGUGAUCAAGAAGGACCUCACGUUCCUUCACGAGGGGAACGACUCCAAAGUCGACGGGCUGGUCAAUUUUGAGAAGCUAAGAAUGAUUGCAAAAGAAAUUCGUCACGUUGGCCGAAUGGCCUCUGUGAACAUGGACCCUGCCCUCAUGUUCAGGACUCGGAAGAAGAAGUGGAGGAGUCUGGGGUCUCUCAGCCAGGGUAGUACAAACGCAACAGUGCUAGACGUUGCUCAGACAGGUGGUCACAAAAAGCGGGUGCGUCGUAGCUCCUUUCUCAAUGCCAAAAAGCUGUACGAGGACGCCCAGAUGGCCCGAAAGGUGAAGCAGUACCUGUCCAACUUGGAGCUGGAGAUGGACGAGGAGAGCCUCCAGACGUUAUCCCUGCAGUGCGAGCCGGCCACCAACACAUUGCCUAAGAAUCCCGGUGACAGAAAGCCUGUCAAGGCCGACACCUCCCCGGUGGCCCCGAGGGCAGGGCUGCAGCCGAAGCCGCCACCGCAGGCUCCGCAGCCGUCACAGAGGCCCAGCCCGGGGCUGCAGCUUCCCGCCGUGCCCCUCUAUCCUUCGCGGAAGAAAGUGCCCCUACGGGAUCUCCCGCCUUUCGGUAUAAACUCUCCACAAGCUUUAAAGAAGAUUCUUGCUUUGUCUGAAGAAGGGAGCCUUGAGCGCCACAAGAGGCCGGCAGAAGACACGGUAUCGGAUGCGUCCUCCCGGUUCUCCUCCCCGCCGACCUCCCCGCAGAGCUCGCCAAGGAAAGGCUACACUUUGGCUCCGAGUGGCACCGUGGAUAACUUCUCAGAUUCCGGCCACAGCGAAAUCUCCUCACGGUCCAGUAUCGUCAGCAACUCCUCCUUCGACUCGCUGCCCGUCUCGCUGCCCGACGAACGGCGCCAGAGGCCAUCGGUCGGCACUGUGGAGACCAGCCUGGCCGCAGGCCGGCCGGAGAGGCGGCCGGCGGGGGAGCCCGACCAGUGCAGCCUGGGGUCCUGUGCACCGCUGUCUGAGAGCCGGGGCCUGUACGCUGCAGCUACAGUGAUCUCUUCUCCCAGCACAGAGGAGCUUUCCCAAGACCAGGGGGACCGAGCCUCACUUGACGCUGCCGACAGCGGCCGAGGAAGCUGGACGUCGUGCUCCAGCGGCUCCCACGAUAACAUCCAGACCAUCCAGCAGCAGAGGAGCUGGGAGACGCUCCCCUUCGGGCACACUCACUUCGAUUACUCAGGGGACGCCGCAGGGUUAUGGGCCUCGAGCAGCCACGUGGACCAAAUCAUGUUUUCCGACCACAGCACAAAGUACAACCGGCAGAGUCAGAGCCGAGAGAGUCUCGAUCAAGCCCAGUCCCGGGCAAGCUGGGCCUCCUCCACGGGGUACUGGGGAGAAGACUCGGAGGGGGACACGGGCACCAUCAAGCGAAGGGGGGGGAAGGACGUUUCCCUCGAAGCUGAGAGCAGCAGCAUGAUGUCUGCGAGCGCCGAAGAAGCCAAGCCCGUCGCCAUGGCUGCCCACGUGGCCGUGCCGCCCAGCGCCACCAAGGGGCUUAUCGCGAGGAAGGAGGGCCGCUACCGGGAGCCGCCGCCCACCCCGCCGGGAUACGUGGGCAUCCCCAUCACCGACUUCCCCGACGCCCACCCGCACCCCGCCCGGAAGCCGCCGGACUACACCGUGGCGCUGCAGCGGUCCAGGAUGCUGGCCCGGCCGGCCGAGACCCCCGCCCCGGGCGGCGCCAGGCCCGCCCCGCGGCCGCAGUGGCACCGGCCCGGCGACGACCCGCGCCCCGGCCCCUGCGCGCCCCCGGGCCUUGCCACCGAGGAGGACGAAGACGAACAAGUGUCUGCGGUUUGAGGCACGGGCUCCUCUGCACCCGUGUUGGCCACCCACAGGAGAGCACAAGAAGACGUCCCCUAGCGUCAGAGCCUUGGAGCUCACACUCUGAGGAUGGUGGACCCGUUUGCCUCCUUCCCUGCCUUAAAAGCAGCAUGGGGCUCCUUCCCUCCUCCUUCCCGUCCCCUUUGCAUGUGAAAUACUGUGAAGAAGCCGCCCCGGCACUUUCCGCCUUGUUGCUUGAAUGCACAGUGCAGCGUCUGCAAGCUCCUGUGGCCGCCUGCCACGUCACACAGCAUCAUUCCAGACUCCAAGGUCAUCACCACCCAUGAGUCACGCUGGCUGCACUUCUCCACGCCUGGAAGGAGUUUUUAAAAAAAUCUUCCUUUUAGAUUUCAAUCCAGUCCUAGCACUUGGUUUCAUUGGAAUCGGGAGAAAAGCCAGCCAUGGAACUGCUUGGGGUCUUUAACCCACCAAGGAAGACAAAGGAAAACAAUGAAAUCCUUUGAGUACAAAUGCUUGUCCGCUUGUUUACAGUGCCCUCCUCCGUUUUUUGGGGUUUUUUUUUUUUCUUUUCUUUUAAAUGAGUUUAAUGAUUGUGUUCAGAGAGUAAAUAUUAUAUCCAUUUAAUGAUUUUACAGUAUUAUUUUGAACCUUUAAGUAGGGUUGCCAGCCGGGGUUUCUCAAAAACCAAAUAUGCCGGACAGGGUGUGGUCACACCGGGGAGAGGGAAGGCCGGCCCACAGCCCCGCUUCCUGUGUCCCGCCGCGCCUGGGAAGCGCCCUAUCCUGGAAGCGUAAGAUGUUAGCCAAUUACCUAGACCCCAAGGCCCCCGGCCCCUCCUUCCCCAGGGGCUGGGGCUCUUCUUUACAACUGUUUGCACAUGGCCGGGGAGGGAACUGGGACUCUUGCGUCCUGUGUCUGAGCCUGUGGAGCACAGGGCAGUGUCACCCGAGGGCGUGUCCUGCUCCAUCGAGACAGACGGCAAACCCCAUGUUUUUUUAAAUUAUGUUUCUUUGAUUUCUGUUUAUUUGGCUUUAGGGAUUCUCUUGCUUGUUUUCAAAGAGCCACGUUUAUAACUGGAUAGCAUUGCAGUGAAAGCAGCUCGGGGUGUUGGCGCUAAGGCCAGCUAUUCAUACUGCUCUUCCAAGACAGCCUCCCCGUAUCGAUCAGUCGCCACGAGGGAAUAAACAAGCCUCUGACGUGAAGAUGAUCAAAAGAUCCAGAACCCAGCGCGGUCCGCCAGCCUUUGUUUGCAAGGCGGGUUGGUCGCCGAAGACUGACCCGUAAGUGGCUUUACGGACGCCGAGACGGAGAAGGCCUGAGUGUAGCAACCACGUGUUCACAGCUGCUAUUAACCCCAGAAGGACUGAGAUGACCCCUCCAGUCUAUUUUUGUGUUGUUUUUGCACAGACUCCGGAAAAGUGAAGGCUGCCAAUCCGAGUAGUACUCAGAUGUGAGGAACUGCUGGUCUGGGAUUUUUUUUCCAUUAAAUUCAGCUGAUCAUAUUGAUCAGUAGAUAAACGUAAAUAGCUUCCAAUUUUAAAAGUCAAAUUGCAGUGUUUUUUCACUGUAUCAAAGCAAUGUCAGUGCUUUAUUUAAUAAUUCUCUCCUGUAUCAUGGCAUUUGUCUACCUGCUUAUAUAUGACAUUAUCAAUGAUGCAUUUGUAAUUUUACAUGUAAGAUGCGUUAUUUGCCAGUUUUCUCCUCUAGGCCGUGGACCUCACGUGCAUCUAGAAAGACAGAACUCUUGCUCUACACAAGUCGCACAAAUGUUAUCUAAGCAUUAAGUCACCGUAGAACAUAGGACUGUAACCUCAGUUCGCUCUGUGAUGUCAAGUGCAGAAUGUACAAUUAACUGGUGAUUUCCUCAUACUUUUGAUACUACUUGUACCUGUAUGUCUUUUAGAAAGACAUUGGUGGAGUCUGUAUCCCUUUUGUAUUUUUAAUACAAUAAUUGUACAUAUUGGUUAUAUUUUUGUUGAAAAUGGUAGAAAUGUACUAUGUUUAUGCUUCUACGUCCAGUUUGUACAAGCUGGAAAAUAAAUAAAUAUAACAUAAUGCCUUGCCUAUA